AUGGUGAAAAUUGACCUCGGCGCACAUAUUGAUGGCUUCAUCGCGACUGCCGCACAUACUGUCGUGGUUGGAGCAUCAGCAGAGAACAAGAUAAAGGGCAAGAAGGCGAACGUGAUGCUUGCUGCAUAUAAUGCAAUGGAAACAGCAAUUCGAAUGCUUCGCCCUGGAGUUUAUAAAAAUGUGGAGAUUACUGAUAUAAUUGAAAAGGUAGCAAAUACCUACAAGGUAAAACCGGUUGAAAAUAUGCUUUCCCAUGAGCUGAGGAAAAAUAAAAUUGAUGGCGAAAAACAGAUUAUUCAAAAUCCGGGUGAGAAACAGCGAUCAGAAAUAACGAAGUGCACUUUUGAUAGAUUCGAAGCUUUUGCCAUUGAUAUCCUGAUGAGUACCGGGGAAGGUAAAACUCGAAUGUUGGAUUCAAGGACGACAGUUUAUAAGAAAGUGGAUGAUCUCGUUUACUUACUGAAAAUGAAAGCUUCGAGAGCAUUUUUAUCUGCGGCAGUAAACAAAUACGGUGUGAUGCCAUUCACGCUGCGUUCUUUCGAGGAUGAAAAGCAGGCGAAAAUGGGUGUUGUAGAAUGUGAGCGACAUAAUCUCAUGCGACCCUAUCAGGUUCAUGAUUUUUUUGCAGAUUCAUAG